AUGUGCCCACAGACUGCGACUCUGCGGUUGAAAUUAGCCAAGUGUAUACGCAAACGACUGGAUUUAAUACAACGAUGUUAUCAUGAAGAACUUGCUGAGCUAAGUUUCAUACAAAGUGGUGCCCUUCUCAUCGAUUUUCAUGGUUGGAGAUCAAGGAGAUCUCAGGAACUGAUGCAGGCACUGUGUUCCGGCCACCUGGACCCAGAGGACCUGUCUCUUAUCAGCGACUAUAUGUCUGGUCGUAUCGCACCGGAAUCGUUCUUUCCUCCAUGUGGUGCCAACCCCAAUCAGAUAGUAUCUGAAGCAGAUGCAGAUUCGGAAGGUGAAGAUCGCGGAUUGGAUGAAACUUCAAUCUUCCGAUUUGCGAUGCGAGAGCUGAAUGUGCUGAAGCGCGUGGUGGAGUUGAAAAAAGCUGGUCUGUGGUCGGUGAGCAAAAACAUUCUGGAUGCUCCGGAACUAGUUUCCACAAUCUCUACGCCAAGUAUGUCUUCCCUCGCACCACCGCCGGAGAACACCGCUCGAAUUUUCAGUGACUACCUCUUCGCCGAGUUACAGUGGUUAGCUGAAGAUUACAAGCGCGAGCGCCAAUGGAAGAAAAGCUCGGCAAAAAAGCUUGCUCUGGCUGCUGUUAAAGCAUACCGCGAGAAAACGGAACGUUCUAUCAAAGCUGAACGGGAAGAAGCUGUUCGAAUUGUGCAUGCCAAACAACAAGCACGACUAGCCGUCAAACGGCAACAAGCAAUCACCACACAUUUGGGGCGCGUUCUCGAAACCACAGAGGAGUAUACACGAUGGCUCACCGAAGGAAUCGCGGGCACAUCCAACGCACAGAGUGCUAGCACCGGAGUACCCGUUUCAGAUUCCACCUCUGAUAUGCCUGAGUCAGAAGUUCAGCUGACCGAAAUGACUGGGUCGCCAUCAGAAAGCGGUGACGUUUUGAAUAAAGAUCAGCAAGGGAAUCGGAAACGCAAGAGGGUAUCAACUGAGUCCACUAGUUCGGAUUCAGAGUUCACGGCCGAUGAGGAAACGUUAGCAGCGGCAGAAGAUGAUGAAGAGACCAUAGCUCGCGAGGAAGAGGAAGCGAAAAAUGACACUGGUGACCCGGAAGUCUCAGCACAGACGGAGCUUGCCCAGUUGGCCGCUGAUGCGGACUGUCCGAUUGAAGAUCUCAUUCCACCGGGGUAUUUGGAGGCGUGUGUGGCUGAAUCGCCAUGCAAGCCUGAAGAUACUGCCGUUUCCGAUUCGGAUGCAGAUAAGCAGUCGGUAAACGGUUCCGAUCAAUCUUACGAAGCAGGCACAAAUGAAGUACAGCUUGAUGAUGAGUCUACGAUUGACGCACAAGAACGUCACGAGCGCCGACUGAGGCAAUCACAUUUAAAGGAAAAGCCUUCAGACUCGCCUUCGACCAAUGAAGAACCAAUUAACCACGAAGAGGAGAUUGCGCAGCUCCAACGCGAAGCAGAAAUGCCUCUGGACGUCUUACUCAAGGAGUUCGCGAAACACGCGGAAGAAUCAAUGGAUGUUGAGGAACACCCAUCGGACUCUGAAUUGACCUCAUCAACUCAGGGCUCGGAUACAACGACAUCGUCUGGUGAAGAAUCUGAUGAUGAUCGCACAACAUUGACUGAUACAUCUUCCACCACGAGUGAACCGUCUUUGAGGGAGUUGAUAUGCGAAGAGAUUGAUAAUGCAUCCGAACACACAAACAAAGAGCAAAAGACAGAGGAAUUAAAAUCUACGAUCAAAGGACCUCAAGAAGCCGUAAACUUACCAGGAGAUCCACGUUCCGAAGAGGUGGAGAAGAACCUUGAGGUGAGUUGUGGGUUGCUUUAG